ACUACAAUGAUCUUACGCAUGCGCGUUGACUUAGACGGAAAUUCAAGCAGCUGUCGUACUUCGUGCCCAGUCUGACGAGCUCUAGCAUAGUUUUUGUUAUUUACUCUUUUUAUCAUGGGCAAACGAGCACUUAUCAUUCUCGCUGAAGGAGCGGAGGAAAUGGAAGCAGUUAUAACAAUUGAUACUCUACGUCGUGGUGGGAUUGAUGUUACAGUUGCUGGACUUGCUGGAAAAGAUACUGUUAAGUGCAGUCGGAUGGUGUCUAUUGUUCCAGAUACAAGUCUAGAGGAAGCUCAUGCAACCUCACCUUAUGAUGCAGUUAUACUUCCCGGUGGCCUGAAAGGAUCUGAACUUCUUAGUGAAUCCCCUUUAGUUGGACAAAUCUUGAAGCAGCAUGAAAAUGGAGGGCAGAUUAUUGCAGCAAUUUGUGCAGCUCCUAUUGCCUUUAAAUCUCACAGCAUUGCCCUUGGCAAGCAAAUAACAUCUUAUCCCAUCAUGAAGGAGCGGCUAGUUGAAAAUUAUAAAUAUGUUGAUGAGAGAGUCAUGGUAGAUGGUAAUGUGACAACCAGUCAAGGGCCUGGCACAGCAUUUGAAUUUGCUCUGUCAUUGGUAAACCAACUCGCUGGCAAGGAAGCAGCUGACCCACUGAUCAAUCAAAUGCUCUUAAAAUUGAAAAUGUAGGCAGUCUAUAAAGUUUCUGGACUAGAUGUGUUAAUGGCCAAAAAACCUGUAAGCAGUUACUCAUAAUAAAUUUACAAUAGAUAAUGAA